UCUUAUCAAAGCACCACUAUUAGUAUUAUCAUCUCACCACAAGCCAUCUAGCUUAUCUGAGAGUUUGGCAAGGAGGGAGAAAGGUUUGAACAUGGCUGAUCCCAGGAGAGUGGAAGAAGGGCUAGGCCAUGAAGAUGAUAGUAAAAAAGAUGAUAAAAGUAACUUCGAAGAUGGCAUAAAGAAGGAGAAAGAGAUAGAGAGGAGUAUCGUUAUACAGGAUGAAGCUGUUGAGCAGAAAGAGGAGCAACCGCUGAAGCAGAAGAGCAAGAGAGUUGCAACCUUGGACGCAUUUAGAGGUCUUACUAUAGUGGUGAUGAUAUUGGUGGACGAUGCUGGGGGAGCAUAUGAGAGGAUCGAUCACUCACCAUGGAAUGGAUGCACAUUGGCCGACUUUGUCAUGCCUUUUUUUCUCUUCAUUGUUGGGGUGGCAAUCGCCCUUGCUCUCAAGAGAGUUCCGAAGAUCGGUGAUGCAAUAAAGAAGAUAAUUUUGAGGACACUGAAGCUUCUAUUUUGGGGAAUUCUAUUGCAAGGGGGUAUACUUCACGCCCCUGAUUAUCUCUCUUAUGGAGUUGACAUGAAGUUCAUCAGAUGGUGUGGGAUUCUACAGAGAAUAGCAGUGGUGUACUGUUUUGUAGCAGUAAUAGAGGCUUUGACCACCAAGCGGAGACCAACUGUACAGGAACCUGGACAUUUCUCUAUUUUCACAGCAUAUAAAUGGCAAUGGCUCGGAGGGUUUGUCGCAUUCCUUGUUUACAUGAUCACUACAUAUUCCUUAUAUGUUCCGGACUGGAGCUUUGUAGUGCGCAGCGAUCAUGAAGCAAAGAGAUACACAGUCAAAUGUGGGAUGAGAGGACACUUAGGACCUGCCUGUAAUGCUGUUGGUUAUGUGGACAGAGAAGUUUGGGGCAUAAAUCAUUUGUACUCCAUUCCAGUUUGGUUGCGCUUAAAGGCUUGCACUCUUAGUUCUCCAAAUUCUGGCCCUCUUCGCGAGGACGCUCCAGCUUGGUGUCGUGCUCCAUUUGAACCAGAAGGCCUGUUGAGUACAAUUUCAGCUAUCCUCUCUGGUACAAUUGGCAUCCAUUAUGGACAUGUUCUGAUUCAUUUCAAGGGUCACUCUGAGAGGCUGAAGCAGUGGAUCUCCACGGGGAUUGUCUUAUUUAUCAUAGCCAUAAUUCUUCAUUUUACAGAUGAAAACCUCUAUGCCAGUUUCUUUGCUGAAGAAUUUACAACACUUCUACUUUCACUGUAA